GCCGAGGGGAGCGGACGCAGCUGGAGCUACGCCGGAGGGUGUGCGGGUGGCAGGUGGGCUGCGGCGAGGAUCCGGGUGGGCUGGGCCUCCGACUUCGGAAGCGGAGGGCUCUGAUAGCUUUUAUGGAACCGGCUGUGCUCGCAGCUCACUCUCUCCCUGCCCUGGAAGGGAUAAGGCCCCACUCAGUGGCCUUGCAGCCUCCUGAGUUCAAAGAGAAGGCAGAGAAGGUGGGAGGCAUCAGGCAGGUGAAUCUUGGUUUUGAGGCCGGGGAGAGAGGGCUGGCCACCUCUAGGGCAGACCACUUAUGCAGUCUGGAGUUAGGAGUGUGGGUGGCCUCAGUGCAGGCACAACUUCACUUGAAUUUUUUUUGUCCAUUGUUCAGUGUUUGUUCGUUGCUGCUGGAAGAAGAUACUGGGCUGACCCAGGAAACUGAAGUGGUUGAAUAUCCGAGUCAAGGAUAAGGGCAAUUAUUACUCCCCCGAUUCACACACCUCUUUGAUUAUGGCGUGAUUAUGGAGGUACCAGCAAGCUGAGAUAGGCAUUUAAUGUUUGGAAACCCUGCUAAGCCAACUGCCCAGGGACUGUGGUUUUAUUUGUGAAUUAUUUGGACAAUUGUCCAGUUGAAAGGGAACUGACAGGAGCUUUAUAACAAUUUUACAAAGCUCAUUCUAAGAUUAAGCUAUUGAACCUAUACUUCCUAUUAGUGCUUAAUUUUCCAAGUAUUACUGAUUCUUAUUUUUAUGAAUCAAGUCCUUGGAAAGACCGACACACUUGAAUGAAAUAGUGGUCACAAUGGGAAAAUUCUCAGAUGCUACCCCUGUGGUAGGUUCUCUUAAUUUUAUUGUGGUAUAAAUGGAAUAGCAGGUGUUCUCAGGUAUAAGGCUUGUAGUUUGCCAAUACAUUCAUUACCAAAACUUUAGAUUCCCAUCAAGUUAGUGGGGGUUUUGUUACUUUUUUUUUCAGGAAAAUAUUUCCAUUUGAAAUUUUUGUAACAAGAAAUAGAUUCUCCAUUUACUUAAAAAUCAUUUUGCCAUGUUAGAAGAUGCUUUUUUGGAAGAAGACAUCUGGGAAUACAAAUCUAAAAGAAAACCAAAACCAGUACAUACAAAUAAUUGCUCUGAGACUAUCCCAAAAUCUGUUGAAAAAGCAACAGAUGGAAAAUACCAGUCGAAACGAAACAGAAAUAAAAAAAGAACCGCAGAAGCUGAAGAGAAGACAAAGGACCCCGAAAUGUGCCUUGGAGAAACAGCUAGUCAGACUUCUGUAGCUUCUAGUCAGAAUUCUAGUUGCGGAGAUGGUAUUCCCCAGUCCCAAGACAAGGAGAUGGCUUCAGGAAAGCAUUGCAGGACUCGCAAAAACAAACAAGUAUCUCCAAAGAUACGUCCAGUUUAUGAUGGAUACUGCCCAAACUGCCAGAUGCCUUUCUCCUCAUUGCUAGGUCAAACACCUCGAUGGCAUGUUUUUGAGUGUUUGGAUUCUCCAUCAGUCUCUGAAACAGAGUGUCCUGAUGGUCUUCUGUGCACCUCAACAAUUCCUUCUCACUUCAAGAGAUACACUCACCUCCUGCUUGCUCAGAGCAGAGCGGGCAAUAGUCCUUUCAGCAGCCCAACACGUGGGCCAGGGGAUUGCUUCAGUGAGACUAAUUCGGUCUUUCUCUGUGGCCUUGAGGAAAGAUGGUCUCUGCAUCAGAAGCCAAUGGAAAACUUAAUUGUUUCAACUUACCCCUCGUUUGUGACACCGUAUCUAAAGAAAUCUCAGUCUCCAACUGAAACCAAUAAAAAGAUUUCUUCUUCUUCUUCAACAAAUAUCCAACAGUCCCAACAAAACGUACAAUUUCCAGAAUGUGUUAAUGAUGACAAACUGGUGGGAUUCAGUUUGCCUCUUGCUGAAGAACUAGACAGCCAAAGCAACUCAGAACACAUACACUCUCCAUUGCCAGAAAAUGACUUUAGUAGCUGUGAAAUCUCUUAUUCUCCACUUCAAACUGAUGAGGAAACUUACAGUAUGGAUGAAAAGCUGGGUGAUUUGCAGCAGGAGCUAUUCUUUACGGAGAGCUCUAAAGAUGGCAGCCUGGAAGAUGACAACAGCUCCACUUUGUUUCAAAAACUCCAUGGUCCGUUCCUGAAGGACCAGCAGGAGAAUGGCCCCCACGUGGAUGGCUUCUUAACUCAGGAUAAAUACCAAGAAGUAUUGUAUAAAUACAACGCUCUCACUGGUUCAUCUCAACUUUUUUUCCAAAAUAAGGGUGUUACUCUGUGUGAUGAUCCAGCACAUAGUGGUAAUGAUUUUGCGCUGUUUCCAUCUGCAUCAGCACAAGGGCUUAUUUCUAGUUAUCAGGCCACUAAAGCGAAACCUGGUAAGCCAGAAUGUCACCCAUCUCAAUCAAAUAAACAGAAACAGGCAAUUGAAGAAUCAGCUGUUUGCAAUCAGAUUUCUCUUCCGUCACUUACUAGUGAGAUGCCAAGAGCUUUCCCAAGGCAAGGAGAAGGGGAUCUUUCUUUCCGUCCAACCCAAAGUAAAAUUGGAAAAUCAUCAAAUAAGAACUUCAAUGCAAAGGACAAUGCUAAUUCAGCAUGUGUCUGCAGAAAGGCAUUAGGUGGUCGACUAGACAGUAAAGCUACAGUUCCCAAAACAGAGAACUCUUCCAGUGCACUUAAUGCUGCCGAGUCACUGAAAAUGUCGCCAUCUGGUCCCAAGUGUCCUGCAACACAGCCUUCUUCCAAAGUAAUGAAGCAAAUGGAUAUAGGUGUUUAUUUUGGACUACCACCCAAAAGAAAAGAAGAGAAAUUGCUAGAGGGAAGUGCGGUGGAAGGGAUGAACUUAAAUCCAGUUGUAAGUCCUAAUGAAAAGAGGUCGCGGCAGCGCAAGAGGAAAGCAGAAAAAUCUUUAAGUGAUUUAGAACUCGAUGCCAAGAAUUUAAGUGAGAGUCAGCCCUCUGUGGAACUUUCUAGUGAGAGGUCACAGCAUCAAAGAAAGAGACUUAAAAAGUCAGUUUCACUACAGGAAGGAGCACAUCAGAAGAGGUCACAUCACCUUAACAGGACAGAAUCUGGAAGAGUCAAUUUAAGGAAAGACAAAGUCUUCAUAAAAUCACCUUGUGGCAGGCUGCAGAGAGGGAACACGAAAAUCCCGGAGUCACCUCAUGCAGGACAAUUAAGAACAAGGACAUGUCCAUUCUAUAAGAAAAUACCUGGGACUGGCUUUACAGUUGAUGCCUUCCAGUACGGACUGGUUGAAGGGUGCACAGCCUAUUUUCUCACACAUUUUCAUUCUGAUCACUAUGCUGGACUAUCUAAAAACUUCACAUUUCCAAUUUAUUGUAGUGAGAUAACUGGCAAUUUGUUGAAGAGCAAACUUCACAUACAAAAACAAUACAUCCAUCCAUUGCCGAUGGACACGGAAUGUAUAAUAAAUGGUGUAAAAGUUGUUUUGCUUGAUGCCAAUCACUGUCCAGGUGCUGUCAUGAUCCUGUUUUAUCUUCCUAACGGUAACGUCCUAUUACACACCGGCGACUUCCGAGCAGAUCCCACCAUGGAACGUUCUCGUCUUGCAGGCCAGAAAGUCCACACGCUUUACUUAGAUACAACAUAUUGCAGCCCAGAAUACUCCUUUCCGUCUCAGCAAGAGGUUAUCCAGUUUGCCAUCAACAUUGCCUUUGAGGCAGUAACUCUAAACCCACGUGUUCUCGUUGUCUGUGGCACUUAUUCUAUUGGAAAAGAGAAAGUCUUCCUAGCCAUUGCUGAUGUUUUAGGUUCAAAAGUGGGCAUGUCCCAAGAAAAAUAUAAAACCUUACAGUGCCUCAACAUACCAGAACUUAAUUCCUUCAUCACCACGGACAUGUGCAGUUCACUGGUUCACCUUCUCCCAAUGAUGCAAAUUAACUUUAAGGCUUUACAGAGUCAUUUGAAGAAAUGUGGUGGAAAAUAUGAUCAGAUUUUGGCUUUUCGACCUACAGGAUGGACGCAUUCUAGCAAGUUAAUGACUAUAGCAGACAUUAUUCCCCAGACCAAAGGAAACAUUUCAAUAUAUGGAAUCCCUUAUAGUGAACACAGCAGCUACCUAGAAAUGAAGCGGUUUGUUCAGUGGCUGAAGCCCCAGAAAAUCAUACCUACCGUGAAUGUUGGCACCUUGAAAUCUAGGAGGACAAUGGAGAAAUAUUUUAAAGAGUGGAAAUUGGAAGCUGGAUAUUGAUGUUACCUGAAAGGACUCAGAACUAGUUAAGUAACUUAGGUAUAGCUCAUUACUAGUUAAAUCUUUAGUGAUAUGAAAUGUGCUGUAUGGGGAAAGCCUCGUGAAGGCUGCUCGGAUAGCUUGUUUUCUCAUUUAUGUUUGAAUAGCAUGUUCAUGGUGCCAGGCAUCUCUCAGCAUCAUCAGUAAUGAUGGAGACUGGUCCCCCAAGCGCCCUUGAUUCUUGCUCUUCCCUCAGGAGCAGGUAUACUCUGCAUCUGGCCACGGGAGAGGCAGAAAAGGCAGCCUUAGGGACCAAAGGAUUCAUGAUAAUAGAUAAAUGACAUUGAAAGCAUUAUAUUAUAAGUAAUUAUGUAUCUUUAAAAUUAUUUAAUAUGGAGCAUAUUUUUAUGAAAUAACUUUUAUAUAAUACUUAAAUAAAAAAUUAAUCUUAAAUUCGCCAUAGUGUCUUUUGGUUUUUAGGAUUUAUAACUGUGCUGUUCAUGCAGUUUUAAAAAAUUUCAAUGAAAAUAAUUUCAACACUUGACACUAAGGAAGAGGAUUCAAAGAGCCUAGGUAAUCACCCAAUAAAGGAUGGUGAAAAGUUUGCCUGAACUGAUGUUUAUCUGAACUGUUUACUCAAGACAUCAGAUAAGUAGAACUUCAGAUUGCAACAUUGUUUUUUUUAAGUGAGAUUAUAUAAUUUAUUUAUGUAUCUUGAUGUCUCCAACACAAAGUAGCUGAUCCAAAAUGAAAAUUUGGGGAGGCCAAUGCAUAUUAAAAUGUUUUUAUGGGAUUUAAAUAAGAAAACAAGUAUAAUGCAUGUAUGCAUGUGUGCGUAUGUAUAUUCUUGCAUUACCUCUAGCAAUGAUAUUAUGUGGGGAGUUUCUUAAUAAAUGUUUUCAUGGAAAAUUAUUUCCAGUAAUGAUUUCAGUAAGGAUAGUAUUCUCCAUGAAUAUUUUCACAAGAUUGAAUUUUACAUUGCUGUGGAGGUAGGAGUUAUAGGGAUCACAUUUAAGGGAGGAAAAGCUUUUAGGGGCACAGUGGUAGUAAAUCCAGUUUAACUGUACUCUCAGUUGACUUCAAUUACACACUUAAAAUAUUUUAACUUGUUUGGGUUUUUGAUGUUUUGAACUUUUCGUAACUUGUAAGUUGUUACACGUUACAAUUAGAAAAAGUCUGUGUAGUCCACAAAAACAGGCAUUUUGGGGAGAUGGUCAAGUCAUUUAUGGUCAUUUUAGUUUAUUAUUUGAGUAAUGGUCUUUUCUUAGAGUUGUCCUUUUUCAUUGGUAAAAAGAUUUUUCAUGAUUUUGGAGGUUUGACUUUGAAAAUCCAAGCAUCUUAUUUAAAGGCAACCUCAGCCUUUGUAUUAUCCAAUGCAGAAAACCUCUUUCUACACAAACAGCACUAUUUACAGCAGCUCGGAAUGGUGUCGUUUGCUGCCAUUGCCGCAGAAUACACAGAACCUCAUUUAGGGACCACCCCAAAGAGUUUUAAAUAUAAGUCACAAUCACAGCCAAACUUUCCGAGGCUCAGGCGAGAGCUAUAUAUGAAAUUCUUAGUUCCAAUACUUCACGCGUCGGUAGAUAAAAAAUUUCAAUUUUAAAGUGAAAUGAAAGAAGAAGAAAUCUACCAUCAACCCAAAAUAAAUGGAUGACAGCUCUUAAACAUCUUAAACACGUGUAGGGAAGAAAUAGAAUUAAGCCAGACCAGAGAAAAAUGUUUUACUCUAUCUGUAUUUGGAACUUUUCAGAAAGCUGCUUCACCUUACCUGACACUGUACAUUGAAUUCCCAGAGGCAGUGACACUUGACGGGCUGGUUCUAA